AUGAGAGGAUACGCGGAUAUCAAUUUGCUGUUGAGCAUCGCUGUUGCCAUUUUAUCGCUUUUGAUCAUCUCUCCCUACGUUUUCACUUAUGAGGCUACUAGGACAGCCAGCGUUGGGGAAAGAGAAGCAAGAGUUGCAGAACGUGAAAGCUCAGUGGCUGCGAGGGAAAGCAAUCUCUACUGGAAGUCUAUUCCGCCCCCUGACGUAACACAAGACGAGGAGGAGGAGUGCAAUCAUGAUACGAUUCUACUACGCGAGUUGGAGUUUACUAAGAGAGAAGCAGGAUUGCAUAAACGUGAAGCUAGCAUCGCGCGCAGAGAGGCGUGGUUAGUUGAUAAUUGGCCACACUAA